CAAUGAUUGGGAGACCCAAUCUCCCACAUGCUACAGCUACACACUUUUGGUGGGUUUUGGUUAUCGGGUGUUGCGUAUUGCUGCAGUGUGAAGUUCAGGGAUUCCUAUGCAUAGGACUCGAAGAUAUUGGUUUUUUCAUUUUUUUUGCCAAUUGUUUUUUAAAAAUUCUUAUCUAGUUUAAUUGGCCAUCUAAAACGUAAAAUCGAGCAUUCAGAAGUAGCGGCUUGAUUCAUCUUUUACGUUUCAAAGGUUACAAUCAAUGGUUUGUUAUUUAAAAUGGAGCAGCCAGAAGUUGUGCAGGAAUUUCAGCCUCGGCCUUACCAGAUCUGUCUUUUUGAAAGAGUUCAAAACGAAAAUUCAAUUAUUUACUUACCCACAGGAUCUGGUAAAACUUUCAUAGCAGUGCUUCUCGUUAAACAUCUCAGUGGUCAGGUCCAGAAAGCAUAUACAGAAGGUGGCAAGAGGACUGUUUUUAUUGUAAAUACAGUUGCACUUGUUAUUCAGCAAUGUGCUUUUUUGAAUCGUCACACAGGGCUUGUUUGCAAAAGUUAUACUGGUGAUAUGCAAGUGGACGUUUGGGAUAGUAAUCAGUGGCAUAGUGAAAUAGAAUCUUGUCAAGUGUUAGUGAUGACUGCACAAAUUUUUUUAAAUAUGGUAACACAGGGCGUGUUGCCUUUGAGUAGAGUAAAUUUAUUAAUAUUUGACGAAUGUCACAGAGCUGUAAAAGAUCAUCCAAUGAGACAAAUAAUGCAAAGAUUUCAAGAAUGCCCAGAUUAUCAGCAUCCUCGAGUUUUAGCUAUGACAGCAAGUUUGUUGAAUUCCAAUGUUAAGUUGAAUAAAAUUGCAGAAACUCUGAAGGAAUUAGAAGUCACAUUUCAUUCUAAAAUUAUAACAGUCCAAUCUCUCCAAACAAUAACAGAUUUUUCAGUGAACCCGAAGGAGUUUGUUGACUAUGUUGAGCCUCUUAGAGACUCUACUGUUUUUCACAAGGUUAAUAAUAUUAUUGAUGAAGCUAAGAGUAUUCUGAACGUUAUUGAAAUUCCCAAUAAAAUGGAAAAUAAAGCCAGCAGUGUUGAAUUUAGACCAGUUUCAAAAAAUGUCAAAUUACAAAGAAUUCUAACUGAUAUACAAACUCAUCUUGAAGACAUGGGAUUGUAUGGAGGGAGUAAGAGUGUCCUUUUGCACAUGAUUCAACUGGAGUAUAUAAAAAAAUAUUCAGAUGAACCAAAAAUUAUAGCAAUUCUGGAGUAUUUAACAACGCAAUUGAUGAAAAUACAAAAAUUGUUGAGUCUUGAAAUAGAAAAUGUACCUACAUUGGAAUUAAUUAAUGAGCACUCAUCACCAAAAGUUUCCAAGUUGGUCAAAAUACUGAAAACUUUUCAUGACACUCAAGUAGGUUUAAAUAAAUUUUGCUGUAUAAUUUUUGUGCAAAGACGCUUUACAGCCAAAGUUUUAUAUCACAUGUUAAAAAAACUAAGCGAAUAUGACAAUUACAAAUUCUUAAAAGCAGAGUAUAUUAUUGGUUACAAUAACGAUCCUUACAAAAAUGCUAAAGAAGCUUUGGUAUUGUCUGAAUGGAAUAAGAAAGUUUUAACCAGAUUUCGCAACGGUACCAUCAACUGUAUUAUUGCUACUGACGUAGUCGAUGAAGGAAUCGAUAUUCCAAGUUGUACACUUGUUGUACGUUACUACGCUCCACCAGACUUUCGAUCAUAUAUUCAAAGUAAAGGGCGUGCUCGAUAUCAUACUAGUUAUUUUGUAAUUUUAGCAUCAAGUCAAGAAGAUUAUGUAAAAAAAUAUAAAACUUUUCAAGAUACCGAGCGAUUUUUACAAAAUGCUUUAUACGGAUUUUCAAAUCGUACUAAGCCAACUCAAGAUGAGAUAGAUAACAUUUUAUAUGACUAUACCAUACAACCAUAUGAGAUCAUACACGAAGACGGACACAUAAGUGUUAUAACGGAGCAGAAUGCCAUUGCAUUGAUAAACGUUUAUUGUACCAGUCUUCUGAAAUCAAAAUUCAUUUCAUUAACGCCUACGUGGGUUAAGGAAGAAAUAGUAGACAAUCUUUUUGGCAAACAAUACAGAGUUCAUUUGACACUUCCCAUUAUGUCAACUGUAAAGGAGGUAGUAGUAAGUGACAAAUACAAUGCUCUCGACGUUGCCAAACGAUCGGCUGCUGUGAAGGCGUGUAUUAAACUGUACACCAAUGGUGAAUUGGAUAAAAACUUGCAGCCAAAAAAGAUGAAAGAUGCCAUAAGCUGCGACUAUUUAUUUCCUUAUAUGGAGAAAGAGGAGCAUGCCGAUAUACAACCAGGCACGAAUUCAAGAAAACGGCGACAUUCAGUCGUUCAUCCAAAAGCCUUGCUGGGAGCUUAUCCAGUGGAAGAUCUUGCAUUAUUUUUGCACAUAAUUGAAAUGAAACCAAAUUAUGCAAUGCCUUCCAAUGAAAAUCGUCACUUGGUGUUUUACAAGUUAUUGGCAAGUAAAAAUACUUAUGGCAUAUUAUCUACAAAGAAGCUACCAGAGAUACCAUCAUUUCCAAUAUUUAUGAAUGUUGGCGAUUUGCAUGUAAGCGUAAAGAUCAAUAUAUCGACGCCGUCGCUUAAAAGCAAUGAAAUAAAUACUCUAAAACAGUUUCAUUGGUUAUUAUUCAACGAUAUACUUCAAUUGACGAAAGAUUUCAUGGUUUUCGAUACAGAAAAUAAAGAUAACAGUUUUCUGAUUGUUCCCGUUGAUGAAAAGGAGCAAAUAAAUUGGGACAUUGUUAAGCGCUAUAAGUCCGUCGAACAUACUCUCCCUGCUAAACCUAUAGUAGUAAAAAAAUCCGAAUAUGAGCAUAUUUUAGUGGUUCCAGAUUACAGAGCAGCCAAUGAAUAUAUUGUUACGGAAGUUUGCGAAUAUUUGAGGGCAGAAUCGCGUUUUCCGACUGCAGAUUACGAAUCCUACAUUCAUUAUUUCAAAGAUAGACAUGGUUUGCAAAUUGAAUGCCAUGAUCAGCCAAUGCUCGAAGUGAAGCCCAUCACUAAAAAAAUUAAUUUUAUUAAGCCAAGGAAGUUGAAGGCCAACAUGAGUAAAAGAAAACGAGCAAAUAUUACAGAAGAUUUCGAGGAACACAUGGUCCCGGAAUUGUGCAAAAAAAUAGAAUUUCCAGCUUUGUAUUGGCUGAAGGCUACAACCCUUCCGUCUAUCAUACAUAGAAUAAAGCAAUUGCUCGUUGCGAUCGAUUUGCGAGAUCAAAUUGCAGAAGAAGCUUGCUUAAGUUUGGAAACUCGAAAGCCAGAGAAAAAGUACGAAGCUCUGUGGAUAAAAGAUAAUAAAGACUACGAUAUAGACAGUAGCAAGGAGACAAAUUUAGAUGAUACUACUUUAGAAGACGACGAAGUCAUUGUCGGCGAUCCGUUGGACAUCGAUGCUGUAUCCGAAGUGGACAUUCUCAGUGAAGAAAGAAGCCAUUUUACGUGGAUGAAAGAGCGAGAGCCGUUAGAUUUGGAAAGGUACGCUGAUCGCGUUCAAAUGAUCGAUAUAGAGGCUUAUUAUCAAUUUAUGUCAGAUGUCACAGCUACUGAUCGAGAGAAUCUGAAGUACCAAAACGUCGUCAAGUGUGAUUAUAUAUUUGCUACAGAUGAGCAAGCACCGGCAUUGGAAAUGCUUGUAAAAACCAAUGGCUAUGGUCCAAGCCCUCUAGAUGUUCUCGAGAGUCUGACUGCAAAAAUGAGCAAUGACAUGUUCAACUAUGAACGAGUCGAGACCUUGGGAGAUUCGUUCUUGAAGUUCGCGGUAUCUCUAUAUUUAUUCCAGAAUUAUCCUGACUCUGGAGAGGGCCCUCUGAGUCAUUUGAAAGGCAAGCUCGUUGGUAACUUGAACUUAUUUUACUGCGCAAGGGCAAAAAAUCUGCCUGGCAGAAUGAACGUCGAAGAGUUCUCACCUGAGAAUAACUUUGCCGUUCCUGCCUUUGGCGUUGAAAACUCGACCAAAAGUCAGAUAGUCAAAGCCGAGGUUUCCGCGAGCGUUCUUUACGACAUUAGAAUACCACAGCAGGAAAGGAUAAGCGGUGAGCUAUCUGAUUAUACCAAGAGCGCGGUAAAAGAAAAACUUCUGGCAUGGGAGAGCGACACCACACUGCAGACAGGCCGAGAGCAUUUCUUGGAUCUACAUGUGCUCUCGGAUAAAACUGCCUCGGAUGGUGUCGAAGCUGUUAUCGGCAUGUACUUACUCCAUUUGGGAGUGGAAGGAGCUCUAAGUGUAGUUAAGUGGUUUGAUAUACUGCCGAAAACUCUGGACGCUACUGAGUAUUUGCAUGCCAAAGUCACGAAUCCGCAACUAGCCCCGGGAAAUAUUAAUGAGCACAUGCCUUGGGCCGGCAACGUUGAGAAGAGGAUUGGAUACCAAUUUCGCAAUCGUGCAUUUUUAUUGCAGGCAUUUACUCAUCCAUCCUUCGUUUCAAAUCGAGUCACCAACUCGUAUCAGAGGCUAGAAUUUUUGGGAGAUGCUGUUUUAGAUUUUCUUCUGACUGUCCAUAUUUUUGAACAAUGUGGCAAUUUAAGUCCUGGUGAACUUACGGAUUUGCGAUCAGCGCUCGUCAAUAACAUAACGUUUGCAUGCUUAGCAGUUCGUUAUGCAUUACACACUGCACUUUUAGCAUAUGCGCCAAAAAUGUUCGAUAUUAUUGAUCGUUUUGUUCAAUUCCAAGAAAAUAGAAAGCACGAAGUGAAUGACGAAUUACUUUGGGUCCUUCUGGAAGAAGACGACUGUCAAAUGGCCGAGCACGUUGACGUUCCAAAAGUUUUGGGAGACAUUUACGAAUCCGUCAUCGGAGCUGUAUUCCUCGAUUGUGGAAAGGAUUUGCAAAUUACAUGGAGAAUUAUUUAUAAUUUGAUGAAAAAAGAAAUUGAUUUAUUCUCAAAAAAUGUACCAAAACAACCUAUUCGCGUCAUUUAUGAAACUCAAGGUGCUAAUCCAAAAUUUUCAAAAUCUCUACAAGUAGAAGGUAGCACCGCUAUUAUGGUAACACUGUCUAUUUUUUCCAAUGGCCAACAAAAAUUCUUCCACGGAUUUGGAUCAACAAAGAAACUCGCUAAGUGUGCCGCUGCAAAGCAAGCUUUGAAAUAUCUACGCUACAAAAAAAAUAAUUAAAUAUAUUUCCAAAUAAAUUAUAUCCAAAACCGAUUUUUUCUAAUUUGUUAAUACUAGUUACAAACUUUUCAGAUUAAUAUUGUCAUUCAUAUAAAAUCCAUUUCAAUUGUUACUUUACAAGUUCACUUCAGCAUGAAUGUUAUAUUCAUAAGAUUGUUAAUGGAAUUAUAUCUAUUAUCUUUGGCAAGAUUUUUUUCCAUAUUUAAAUGCUGU